CUAUGCGAACGGCUUCCAUUUUUGACAGACGCUAAAAUCUCCCGGUUUUUAGCGGUUUAGUUAAGUUGUGUAAUUUAAACGUUUUGUCUAAAUAAAGAAAUUAAAAUGGCAUACAAGGGUCCACCGAAAGUACAAAAGGUUAUGGUACAACCCAUCAACCUUAUAUUUAGAUACUUACAAAACAGAAGCCGGGUUCAAAUCUGGUUAUACGAAAACGUAAAUUUGAGAAUUGAAGGGCACAUCGUGGGAUUUGAUGAAUACAUGAACAUUGUUUUGGACGACGCCGAAGAAGUUCACAUGAAGACGAAAAAUAGGAAACAAAUCGGAAGAAUUAUGAUGAAAGGAGACAAUAUUACGUUAAUUCAGAAUGUGAAUCCUAAUGCGUCUGUGUGAGCACAAAUAUAGGUUAUUUUACCAACUAAGUGAACAUUCCUAGACAAUAAGUGAAUUGUAAGGAAAUUGUGUACCUAUGUGGUAUUUAUAUGUGAGCUCUAACCACUGCAGGUUUCCUCAUUAAAAAUAAGAUUUGCAAA